CAGAUGUUGAGUUUUGUUUGACGGCUCGGGAAGAGGCUUGACACGGGGAACGCAUCCACAGACAUGAUCGGAGUGGCGAGGAGUCAGUGAACAGGCUGAAGCGAUGGAGCGAUGCUCCAUCUCUCCCCACAUUGGAUUCAUUCCCCUUUGGAGCUUCCUGCUGGUCACUGUAAUUUUUUGCACUGCCACCGGUGACACAGAUGACAAGAAGUGGGAGGAGUUGGGCGAAAUGCAGAUGCCAGUCACGGCGCAGGCCAGCACCACUCAGCUGUGGGCAGUGGACUGGGGUCCCACGCAGCCCCUGGAGGACGAAACCCAUCACUUGCUGUCCAGUCUGGAGACGGAGGGUUCGAGGGUGACUACGCCCGAAGACUGGUUGCACCAUCGAAGCACGGCCGCCAAUCAAACGCAACGCCCGACUACGGGAGAGAGGGACAAGAUAGAGACAGAAGAGCAGGACACCGAGGAAGUGGACCCACAGUUUUAUGUGACAGUGACGAUCUCAUCUCUGCUGAUUCUCUCUGUGGUCAUCAUCUCUGCUAAACUCUGUUACGACCGCAGUCUCUCGCAGCGCCCUCCGCCUCUCUCCCUCGCCAUCCCUCACUCCAUAGCUCAGGAGGACAGCAGGCAGACACUGCACAGCACUCCAUCCUUCCCCGACAGAGAGAGGAUACCAGUGGUCAAUCUUUGAAGAGCUGACUGUUCCGAGCAUGAUAAUCAAAUCCCGCGGGCAUGACACCGUCUCGGUGUGGCCGUUGGUGAGAACAUGUGGGCAAGCCAUGCGAAUGUACAUAACAUGUAGAUAGACACAUGUGGAUAUAUGGAUGAAUACAUCUGUUUUGGCACUCUGAUGGAGACUGUGAGGUUUUGUGGUCCAGUGGCUCUUCGUUUCUGGCUGUACCUCUUUCUUCCAGUGCCGUUUGUACAGUAUUAUUCUCAUUAGCUCAACGUAGCCUUUCACAAGGGCUCCGGGAAUGCUAUGUCCUCUACCAUAAAAACAAUCAUUAGCUUCUGAUCCUGGAAUAAGCUGUGAUGUAUGUAGUCAUUAAUUUAGUAACCGGCGUGACAUGCUUGCAGUAGCCUCUCUCUCAUGCAUACAAAGGUUACAGCCGCCUACCGCUGCCUUUAUCGCACUUUGUGUAGCAUUUAUUUGAGCUUAAUGAAUGACUGCAGUUAUUUUGAAGAGUUAAAUAUAAUUCACAUCAUUUGUUUAUAGUGCUUUGUUUCAUAUCGCUCCAUGUUCCAUGGCAACAGCGGGCUGCAAUGACGUCUGCUGAUAUCUGGAAACACCUCUGCAGUGUUGUUACCUUAUAAUUUACACUAAUUAUCAGAUGGACGUUUUCGUAAAUCUGACUCAACAUCUGUUGAGGUGUUCGUGAAACCUACGUAAUUCUAUUCCGAGUGUGUUGUUAUGCUUCUUAUUAGCUUUAUACUUCUAAAUCAUGGCCAUAUAGCUCUUCUCGGGGGUCUUUUUUGGUUAGCGGAGAGCUAGCACUCACCACAGUGACUGUGGUGUUUGUGGUGUUUUCAUGUUUAUGGAAGUUUAUGGAAAGCACAAUUAAGGACAUGUAU